CCCUCCGCGGGCCCGGGCGCGGGGGGCGGAGGGCGGCUCCUGGGCGGCUCCUGGGCGGCCGCUCGGCCCCCUCCGCCGCUCGGCCCCUUCUCCCUUCGGCCCUUCCCGUCCCUUCCCGUCCCUUCCCGUCCCUUUUCCCGUCCCUUUUCCCGUCCCUUUUCCCGCCCCCGGCUCUUGCUCCCUCCCCAGAGGUCCCGCCGAGACGCGCAGCGGUCCGCGCGGGGGGAACCGGCCCGGAAAACCACGCACCGCCUGGAUGGCGCUGAUCCUGAGGCUGUGCGGGAUGCUCCUGGCGGCCGGGCCCGCCUGGGUCCUGGCCGGCCGGGCGGCCUGCACCAAGGACUGCGCCGCCUGCACCCACGGGCUGGCACCCCGCGUCCACAUCAACCCGCUGGCUUGCACCCUUGAGUGUGAAGGAAAACUGCCUUCUGCCAAAGCCUGGGAGACUUGCAAGGACCUCCUGCAGCUGACCAAACUGGAUCUUUCUCAAGAAGGCAGCGAUAUCCUCGGAGACAACGAGAAACCGCAAGAGGCGAGCCACUUGCUGGCAAAGAAAUACGGGGGUUUCAUGAAGAGGUACGGCGGCUUCAUGAAGAAAACGGAUGAGCUUUAUCGCACGGAACCGGAAGAUGAGACCCCAGCGGGGGACGUCCUCGCCAAACGGUACGGAGGUUUCAUGAAGAAGGAUUCGGACGACGGAGCGCUGGCCGACUCCUCAGACUUGCUGAAAGAGCUUCUGGGCGGCGGGGACAGUCCCCAGACGGGGCAUUACCAAGAGGGCGGUGAUGACGACGAGGAGGUCAGCAAAAAGUACGGGGGCUUCAUGAGAGGCUACAAGAGAAGUCCAGAACUGGAAGACGAAGCCAAAGCCCUCCAAAAGAGAUACGGGGGAUUUAUGAGAAGAGUAGGAAGGCCUGAGUGGUGGCUGGACUACCAGAAACGUUACGGUGGAUUUCUUAAGCGCUUUGCCGAUUCGCUUCCUUCGGAGGAAGAUGAAGAAAGUUAUUCCAAAGAAGUUCCAGAGAUGGAUAAGCGAUAUGGAGGGUUUAUGAGAUUUUAAUACCUUUCCUUUUGAUCCUCCCCAGCCAAACCCUUCAUCCCUCAAUGAGAAAGACUGCCUCGUUGACCAUAUUUUGUUGUAUUGUGUUGCUUGCGCUGUACGGUUUUUUACUGUCCUGUGGCCUGAAGUCUUAUUUCAGGGUCCGUGUUCCUUUAAAGUCAACAACUUCUGUCUUGGUAAAACUGAAGGCUGAAUUGUAGUUUUCAUGCUAAAACUAUUUUUUGUUACCUCUCCUUUGUUUUAAACAGACCAUCUAAAAAUGCUUAUUUGUAUAUAUAGAAUAAAUUCAUCACCUAACUGCAAAA